CGGCCUCCUCCUCGCUUUCCCUGCCCCGCACCGCCGCUCCUUCCUCGCAAUCCCGCUGCUCAUUACGCAUGCUAAUUUAUUCACGCGGUGCCACGCCCCCUUCUCGGCGCUUCACGGUAAGCAGGGGGUUUUGCGGCACUGCUGGGCUUCGCGGCAAAUGGCGGCGCCCGAGGUGCGGCUGCUGGGGGGGGGUUUGCCCACAGAGCGCUGCUGCCUCCAAGGGGAGAACGUGCGGGAGUUUAGAAAGGUUUUAACGCCGCGGGAGGUUUUCCUGCGGGAGUAGGAAGCCGCCCUUGGGUGCGCGGGAAGGUGAUGGAGCUCAGCGGUGCAGCGCGGGCCCGGAGUCCGGAGGGUUCGGAACCGCCUUCCCCCUCCCCCCCGGUUCUGCCGGGCCAGGAAAUUCUCCUCCAGCUCCGGAAAGUCCUUGCCCAGGGAGCCGGCGGUGCCAGCGAGGAGCUCAGGGAGCUGAGUGCCCUGGUGGAGGCUGUGGAGCCCCGGGAGCUCCUGGGGGGGCUGAGCCCCGCAGCGCUGGGCGAGCUGGCGGCUGAGCUGAGUGGCCACGCAGCCCCCCCGAGGCAGGAGUGGGGUGCUGGGGAUCCCCCCGGCAGGGACAGCGCCUACACUGCCACAGCUGAGAGAGCAGCAGAGGUCGGAGGGGUUUUCCUGCACCUCCUGGGGAAGCUGGAAGCUGCCAAGGCUGAGGAAUCCCUGGGUCCCGGCGUGGUGGGUCCCGUCCUGUCCCGCGUGGGGGGACACGUUUACAUCUUUGCUGCCACGCACGUUGUGGAGAGGCCCUGGACGAGCAGGAGGUCCCAGUCGGUGGCAGAGGAGGUGCUGGUGCUGCUGGUUCGGGCUGCAGGGUGUGGGACGGUGGCUGAAUUCCUGCGGGGGCAGAAGGAAGGUGAGGAAGGAGGAUUUGGAGCAGUGAUGAGGAUCCUGAAACGGGAGCUGAGCAAAGACACCUGGAAGUGUAACCCAGCCUCAAAGUUUGUCUUCUCCUGGACACUGCCUCAGGUCACCAGGCCCUGGCUCAGCUCUCACCUGGAGUCUGUGCUCCCCCCCUCACUCCUCAUCUCAGAUGACUACCAGGAGGAGAACAAACUCCUGGGUGUGCAGUGCCUGCAUCACAUCAUCCUCAACGUGCCAGCAGCUGAGCUGUGCCAGUUCAACAGAGCCCAGGUUGUGUUCCAUGCUCUCUACAACCACCUCUACACCAGGGAACCUCCCCUGAUCCAGGCAGUCCUGCUGUGCCUGCUGGAUUUGCUGCCUGUCCUGGAGAGAGCCCAGAGGCUGCAGAAGCAGAGCAGCCCCAGUGCUUCCUGCCACGAGGUUCUGCACCUGGUUCUGACCCACAUGGAGGCUGAGCACCUCCUGGCACUGCGCAGGGUGUAUGCCAGGACCCUGCCUGCCUUUGUGCAGAGGCUUGGGAUCCAGGUAGCACGGCACCUGAAGAGGAUGGAGAGAGUUAUCCUGGGAUAUCUGGAAGUCUGGGAUGGCCCCGAGGAGGAAGCCAGGCUGGGAAUCCUGCAGACACUGCAGAGCACCAUAGAACAUGCCUGGCCCAGGAUGCCCUGCAGGCUCCCCGUGCUCCUCAAAGCCCUCCUGAAGCUGAUCUGGGAUGUCCACACUGACCAAGGUCCAACACCUGAGCUGGUAAAAACCUCUUUGCUCCAAGGAGCCACCCAGUGUCUCAUCCUGCUGGAUCAGUGCUCUGGAGGGCAGGUGAAGGUGCUGCUGGAAGGGGUGUACAGCAGCUGUGAGGAGCCCCGAGUGCAGGAAUGCCUCAGGAAAGUGCAGGAAAACACCUGAGGGGUGGGAGCUCAGCCCCCUUCUGCCCAGUAAACUUUUGCUAUUUAUUUAAAAA